CCCUCUGAGCACGUCUACUCCGCUCGGCUCCUGUGAAAACUCUGUGUGUGUGUGUGUUUGCGCGAAAACUCCUUGCGCUUGUGUGUUAAGAAGAGUUUUAUGUGUGUGCAUAGGGUUUGUGUGUUUUUCUAAGUGGACCUGAAGUGCAGCCGUUCAUCAGUGGAGCUGACGGCAGACGGGGGAAUACUCAGAUCUGACUGCGCUGCUUUUUAACUCAGCUUUUUUUUUUUUAAAGACUCAUUGGACUUUUUAUUUUUUAUUUUCUUACUUGCACCAAAGUGGGACUCUGCUACUGCUGCUGUCGCUGCUGCUACUCUCUCUGUGCCCUCCAGGCACCAUUCCCAUCACUGGAAUUACCGAUCUUAACAGGAAUUUCUACCUGCCUCAAACUUCUAUUUAUCCCGCUACUUUUUUCCUACUCUGGGACUGUACGUUAUACCCAAACUUUUCUAUACUUCCUCUCUGAAUUUGGACAUGACGCGGCUUAAUUAUGGGUAUUCUGGAAGCACAUGGCAAUAACUCGGUGACUGUGAGUAGAUGUCCUGUGAGUGGGUGAAGCAGAGAAGUCUCGUCUCAUGUGGGCAUUUGGUUUUCUUAUUGAAUGGAAAACACCACGAGAAGUUAAAGGAGAACAAAACCGCGCUGUGACGAUGGAAACCGUCAGUGCCGUCAGAGGCAUGUUGGGCUCAGGUGGAUGCUGAUCCAAACCCGGGAAUAAUCUGAACCCUUGUGGAAUUUGGGUCACCCAGAUGAAGAAGUUGGACGGAGCAGGCUUUGAUGCCCUCUGUGACUCUCCUGGACUCGAGAAGUGAACUUCGCGAGAAGAGCGGCGGGAUAGGCCAAGAGAGGACGUUUUAAAGAUUACCCUUAAAAGGAAGACUGGGAGAGACUAGAAGCCACAGAGCUAAAAGAGGAUCUGUCAUAAAGCCCUUAAAAGGCAGGUUACUACUUUUAAUACAGCACCUCUGAAUCAGAGGAGGACUGUAUCACAACAACACGAAACACUAAACCCCCGCAAACGUUCCUCGAGUUUGUUUUUUGAACCGUGCCAAGAUGAUGACCAUGAUGAUGAUGAUGGCGGCCAUGAUGGUCACCUGCAGCUCGCUGUUACUGCUGGGGCUGGCCGCCGCCCACGCCUCGUCCAGCAACAUGCCGCGCGCCGCCGCCCCCCCAUCCUCAUCCUCCUCCUCCUCCUCUUCCUCCUCCUCCUCCUCCUCCUCGUCCUCCUCACCACGCAUGAAGCUUUCAUACAAAGAGCUGCAGCAGUUCCACGGAGUUCGGCGGUUUGAGCUGGAGCGCUCCUGCUGCUUCAGCGCCCUGCUGCUGGACGAGGAGAGGGGACGCCUGUUUGUGGGGGCCAAGAACUUCCUGCUGUCACUGUCGCUGGACAACAUCGCCAAGCAAGAACACAAGAUCUACUGGCCCGCUCCAGUCGACUGGAGGGAGGAGUGCAACUGGGCUGGAAAGGAUAUCACUUCUGACUGUGUGAACUAUGUGAAGAUUGUGCACCACUUUAAUCGCACCCACCUGUACGCCUGUGGAACCGGAGCCUUCCAUCCCACCUGUGCUUUUGUAGAGGUGGGACACAGGAUGGAGGAUCAUGUGUUCAGGAUUGACCCUUCGAAGGUGGAGGACGGGAAAGGGAAGAGUCCGUAUGACCCUCGACACAAUGCUGCGUCUGUUCUCGUCGGCGAUGAGCUAUACGCAGGGGUGGCUACAGAUCUAAUGGGACGGGACUUCACCAUUUUCAGAAGCCUGGGGAAACGGCCCUCCAUCCGUACAGAACAGCACGACUCACGCUGGCUCAACGAACCAAAGUUUGUUGGUUCCUUUUGGGUCCCUGAAAGCGAGAACCCAGACGAUGACAAGGUCUUUUUCUUCUUCCGAGAGACGGCGGUUGAGGCCCAAGGGUUGGGAAAGUCCACCUACUCCCGAAUCGGACAGCUGUGCAGGAAUGACAUGGGUGGUCAGCGGAGUCUGGUGAACAAGUGGACGACAUUCCUUAAGACCCGUCUGAUCUGUUCGGUGCCUGGAGCCGAUGGCAGCGACACGUACUUUGACGAGCUGCGCGACGUGUUCCUGCUGCAGACGAGAGACAAAAAGAACCCUCUGGUCUAUACCGUCUUCUCUACUUCCAGCAGUGUAUUUAAAGGCUCAGCUGUGUGUCUCUACUCCAUGAAUGACAUCCGGAGGGCCUUCCUGGGGCCCUUCGCUCACAAAGAGGGUCCCAACUACCAGUGGGUCCCCUUCCAGGGAAAAGUCCCCUAUCCACGCCCAGGAAUGUGUCCCAGCAAGACGUUCGGCAGCUUCGAAUCCACAAAGGGCUUCCCAGACGACGUGAUCCAGUUCGCGCGUCACCACCCUCUCAUGUACAACCCGGUCUACCCCAUGAGCCGACGGCCCAUCUUCGUCAGGACUAACGUGGACUACAGCUUCACGCAGAUCGCCGUGGACAGGGUCAACGCUGCCGACGGACAGUAUGAUGUCAUGUUCAUUGGCACAGACAAAGGGACAGUGCUGAAAGUGAUCAAUGUCCCCAAGGAGAGCUGGAACAACAUGGAGGAACUUCUACUGGAAGAGUUGGAGGUUUUCAAAGAUGCCUCAUCCAUCAUCAACAUGCAAAUCUCCUCAAAACGGCAACAGCUGUACGUUGGCUCCGACACAGGCCUCGCUCAGGUUCCCCUUCACCGCUGCAGUAUGUACGGGAAGGCCUGCGCUGAGUGCUGCCUGGCCAGGGACCCGUACUGCGCCUGGGAUGGAACUUCCUGUACUCGCUACCUGCCAAACACAAAGAGACGUUUCCGCCGCCAGGACGUAAGGAACGGAGACCCCAACACCCUUUGCUCUGGAGACCACCACAAGCACCGCGUCACAGAGAGGAAGCUGUACGGAGUCGAGGGAAGUAGCACCUUCUUGGAGUGCAUCCCCAAAUCCCUCCAGGCCAGAGUCACCUGGACCUUCCAGAAACAUUCACAGAACACACGGGAGGAGGUACGUCUAGAUGACCGUAUCCUCCAGACAGACAGAGGCCUUCUGAUUCGUCGUGUCCUAAAGAGAGACAUCGGCAUCUACCAGUGCCACGCCAUGGAACACGGCUUCACCCAAACAUUACUCGGCAUCACCUUGGAAGUUGUACCCUCAACAUCCUCCUCCACCUCCAAUCUACCCUCUGAUGCCCCCGUUCGAUUAGAUCCCCGCAGCGGAGGCGGGUCCCCGAUGACCAAUCAAAAGCUCUGGUACCGAGACUUCAUGCAGCUGGUGGACCACCCUAACCUGAGCACCGUCGACCAGAUUUGCGAGCAAGUCUGGGCGCGCAAGAACGGCGGCGGCGGCGAUCAGGCGGAUAAGAGUUUUCCCGCUCAGGCGAAGGACCUCCCGCCUCUGGGUCCCGCUGCCCGCCCACCAAACAAAAAGUGGAAGCAUCUUCAGGAGAUAAGGAAGGGGAGAAACCGCCGGACCCACGACGGGAAACCAAACCCUAGGGCGCCGCGCAGCGCGGGGGAGUAACAGUGUAGACGAAAGGAUGGAGAAUGGAGAAAAGAAUGACUGAUACAAGAAAAAUGGAGGAGGGUGAUAGAAAGAGACUGAGAGACCAAGAACUCAUGGAGGUGUUCACGCACACAGAUGCACACACAUGUACAUGAAUACACAGACACGCACACACAUGCACACAAACACACACCUCCUCUAUUGUAUUAUAUUUACCUAUGGAUGCCCCCACUAUAUGGUACCCCCAAUCCUGAUCCCACUGGCCAGCCCCUGCAUGUGCUGCCUUACUGCCCAAAUUGAUUCUGCACGAUCCCUUUACACUGUUCCACUAGAGUAGACGAGUGUACUAGCAGAUAUGUGGCGGAAACCCACUUUUAUCUGUGGGCAAUAAACUCACACUCACACGUCAUUCCCUUCGCCACUCGCUGUAUACGGAAGGUGGCCUCAUAGCACACGACGACCACAUUUUAGACUUUAUACGUGGUUAGUGGGUCACAAUAUGCACACCUGCUCUCGGGACCGCACCACUCAGUAACAAAAAAAAAACAAACCACAAACUUUUGGAUCAACUCUCCUCGCGGCUUUUCUCGCCUGACGAUUUCACACCACUGCAGCGAAACGGACGGACUCGAGCGUGCACAGUGCAAAGACAAUGGAGCAACAGUACAACUGGAACCCGAAGCGAAAGUAAAGGUCGAACUGGAAACGCGUGACUAUUUAUGAUUAAUUGCACAAGCAUGCAGUUUUUUUUGUUUGUUUUUUUGACACAAAUUUGCAUAAUGAAUUGGUCCUGUGGUGCCGUCGGUGCAGAGGUGUUGAUUAGCCUCACUUUGGGUUUCUUGUGCAUAUAAGAAUGCAAUCACUAAAGAGAUAACGAUGCCAGCAGAUUUGAGAAACCUGUGGAAUGGACCAGCAAGUUGCAAAGCUGGUUCUACUGUAGUGUCUUUUUUUUUUUUUUGUUUCCAGAUAGGCACAUGAGGCCUGUUGCAACAAAAAUCAAUCAUAGUUCAUAGUUAGAGAGCAGUCAUAUGUGGUCAGAUGUGAUUAUAUCGCUUCACUGGUCCAAACCACUAAAGAACCAGACAUGGAAAACUUUCUGUUUCCACGAUGCGAUACACAAAUUAGAUGUUUACAGCACGCAGAAAAAUAGCUAGAGCACUAAAGGAAACAAAGGCCCAAAUAAGACAAUAAGACCUAAAUUGCAUCUUUUGCAGAUAUUAUAAAGCUCUAGAAGUAACACGAUUCAAGGUCUCUCUCUAAAAUUGGUCUGAAAUUUGGCGUUUUGUGAUUUGACAACAAGAAGAAAUCGCGAACACGGUGGUUCGGGCGACGAGCAUUAUUAAUAAAGUGGAAAGAUUUUAGCGAACCGAGUCUGACAACCCAUGUUCCUGGGCUACAGUACGUACAAUAUAUAUAUAUGCAUAUAUAUAUAUUAGCAUGAUAUUUAUGAGUGAGACUGAUAGUUUUUUUUAUUCUAAACGGUACUUUGUUUCUUUUACACUGUUAUUGCAUAUAUAUUGUUUGUGACAAAUAGAUAUGCAAAUAAUAAUAAUGAAAUGUCGCGGAGAAUGCACAGAAAGCUGCUCUUCUGCUACUCUACCCACAAUGCAUUUUCACAGUUUGCAAAAAAAAACUAAAGAAAAAUAACAAAAAAAUCCAAUCUGACUUCACACACUGUCGUAAUCACUUCUCAGUGUAGUGUCAUGAAUCUCAUUGACUUCUGCUGCUUUAUAAUGUCAUCUCUACAUAAUGGACGGUUAGUACUAUAAGGUCUUCCUUCUCAUGUGUUAGUCUAAUCUCUCUUAUUAAAUGUAAAAAAAAAAAAAAAAAAAAAAAAAAACUUUGUUGAUUGUCUGUGCUAACAUUGUGUUGUCUUGACUGCCCCCUAGUGUCCAUUUGCGUGUACAGGCUCAAGUGAGGAGCCUCUCUGUGGUACAAUACUAUAAUAUGUCAUAGCCUAUCCCCUGUGAAAGAAAGAAACUGGCCUGCCUUGUAAGAUAAACAUGCGUUUAUGUUUUGCAUUCAUGAAAUCUCGGUAUGAUUUUUAUGAUAAAUGUUGAGUCUAAUUUGCGCUGCGUCCUUUAAAAGACGGUUGGUUUUGUGGACUAAAAGGAGGCAGCACAAACUAGACAUGUUAGUGGAUUUUAGAUGUAUGGAAUCAUUGUCGUUAUUUAUAUACCUUCUUUAUAGAGAUGUAAUUAACUCUUUAAAAUGAACUGACUGACGCUAUAUAAAAAGGGACACUCUGUAGUUGUGGCAUCACGUCAAGGACGAGGGAGUUCACUGGGAUAGUGUUAUUAGUGCCACGAUCUGCUUUUAAUCCACAGAAUUUUACAUUUUACAAUUGUUUUCCCAAUGAUAACAUUACUGAUUUACAUUGGGAGUGACGCCAAACUGGCCCGAGUGUCCCUUUUUGUAAGCCAGCUGUUGUUUUGUGCUUGAAACUGCAUGACCAGUGUUGGGGGCUGAUGCGGUCGACAAUGGUUUGGUGGCAAGAAAGAGCGAGAGAAAGAAAGCACAAUGUUGACUUUUAUUAUUAUAAUAAUAAUUAUUAUUAUUCCUCCUCUUAUGUAUUUAUGUGCAAAGAUAAGCUGAUAUGUUGUGGUGGAUUUUUAUUUUUCUUAUAAAUGUAGAUUUACAUCUGUAUCGUUCAUGCUCUGCUGAUAAAGUCUCAUCCUCAACGUGUUUUUUUCCCCGCAGAAUAUUGUUUAAACGCUUCCUGAAGCCAGUGUCCAAAGUUCAAGUCUUCAUCAUUCUAACAGCACCUCCCAUCAGACCCGUUGUAUCCCAUGCCGUGUGACGCACCCCCUCCCCCUUCAGCAACUCACAAGGAGACGCUUGUGUGUGAGUGAGUGUGCGCGAGCCGAACGUGUGUUUGUGCGUGUGAGAGUUUUGGGGGACAGCAGAGCUCUGUAUAUAAUGGCGAAAGGAGCAGCGGUGCGUGUGGAGGCGGUCUGUGGCUGAAAGUUCAAAGGUCGAAGGCCAAAGUUAACGUGGUGCACUGUAAUACUCCCAGGUCUUUGUGAAAUGUCAUGUCAGAUUGUUUUUGAUUAACACAAUAAAAAAAAAAUAUGCAGUUACUUCA